AUGGAUCGACCCUCCGAAACAGCCCCCGAUGGCACUUCACCACGAACCUUUGCCCUUAAUCACAGCAGGCCAAAGUCCAGCUUCCAAGGUUGCUCGCGGAUAUCCGACUAUGAACUGCAGGGGAAAUUGGGCGAGGGUACCUUUGGUGAGGUCCAUCGCGCUCGAUCCCGCAAGACAGGCGCACUCGUCGCCUUGAAGAAGAUUAUAAUGCACCAUGAAAAAGACGGUUUCCCCAUUACCGCUCUACGAGAAAUCAAGCUGCUCAAGUUGCUGUCUCACCCAAAUAUUCUAAGACUGGAAGACAUGGCUGUAGAGCACCCCACGAGGCAGACCGACAAGCGCAAGAAGCCCAUCAUGUACAUGGUGACACCAUACAUGGAUCACGACCUUUCGGGCCUUCUCGAUAAUCCAUCUGUCCACUUCAAAGAGGCUCAGAUCAAGUGCUACAUGCUCCAGCUACUCCAAGGCCUGCGCUACCUUCACGAAAGUCACGUCCUCCACCGAGAUAUGAAGGCUGCCAACCUUCUCAUCAACAACAAGGGCAUUCUCCAGAUUGCUGAUUUUGGCCUGGCCCGCCACUAUGAUGGACCGACGCCGCGAGCCGGCCAUGCUGUUGGAGAAGGCCGGCGAGACUACACCGGGUUGGUUGUUACUAGGUGGUACCGUCCGCCCGAACUUCUGCUUCAGCUAAGACGUUAUACCCCCGCUAUCGACGUUUGGGGUGUUGGCUGUGUUUUUGGAGAAAUGCUGUUCGGCAAGCCGAUUCUCGCUGGAGAGAGUGACGCUCACCAACUCGAACUCAUCUGGGAUCUCAUGGGCUCGCCUACUGAUGAGAAUAUGCCGGGGUGGAAGAGCCUACCUGGAGGCGAACAUUUGUCUCCCAGGUCACGACCGGGAAAUCUUCAAAGCCGCUUUAGGGAGUACGGCUCUGGAGCAAUUGCUCUACUAAAAGAUUUGCUGAAACUGGACUGGAGAACACGGAUUAAUGCUGUAGAUGCCUUACAACAUCCGUACUUCAAGAAGGAACCGCUACCAAUGGAACCACACCAGCUCCCAACUUACGAAGAAAGCCAUGAGCUUGAUCGCAGAAAGUUCCACGACCGCAAAGCUGCCCUACCACCAGCCCCCAAGGGAGGAACGGUUGGUCUGGGUCCCGACGCAAACGGAGCAACUGCCGGGUUCAACAGCAACGACGCAUACGGCGACACCUAUAUUCCGAGCUAUGGGCGCGAGGAGGCGGGAGGUCGGCGCAGGGAUGACGAGCGGCCUCGUGAUGACCGACGGCGCCCUACCAGCAAGGACAGUAGGCAACGAUACGAUAGAGAGCGACGAACAAGAAGUCGAAGCCGCUCGCCGAUACAUGAUAGGAAUCGCGAUCGAGACAUGUAUCGACGAUGA